AAUCGGUCGAUUGCGCAGUGUGUACGGUGUGCGCGUUUUAUCGUUGUAAACAGAAAACUCUAUUUUCCCCAAAUUGGAAGAAAUAUAAGGCGCUUUGAUAAGUGUAUUCGGUGGUGUUUUCUUCGGUGAAAAGUUUUUUUUUGCUGCAAUGUUCGUAAUGUUGAAUGUUUUAUGAAAAGAGUAAAUAGCACACAGCAUAUACUCGGAAAAGUGAUCGAAAUCCUUACCAUAACUUUUUUUAAGGGUUAUAGAUUAUUUUCAUGAAUAAAAUUAAUGUUUCGGAAUGUUUAAAGUAUAUAAAAUCUGGUAAUUUUCUCACAACGUCGCGAAAUGUGAAAGCUUCCAAAGUUCACAAAGCUUCAGUAUUAAUAUAAUGGCUGUACUGAUAAAUGUGAUUCGGUAUUAAAUUAUCAUCUAGUUAAAAUCUAAUUUUUUUAAUUUUAAAUGACAAAUUUAAUUAGACAAAAACAAAGCCUUAAAAUGUGCCAAUACUUUAACUUAUAGUUCAAAUUUUAAAAGUUUUUUGAAGUGAAAUCGAUAACUUAAAAAAAACCGUUUUUCUUAUUUCGUAUGAUUACAUGUCCCAUUUCAUCAAAAUAGAAAAAAAUAAAAUCAAAAUCAUUGUUUGUGCCUGCUAAACCGAAACUAUGAAAAUGAUUUAUAAUUAAUUGGUUUUGUUUUGAAUGAAUGCGAACACACAUUAUCAACUGGAUCCGUUAAUUAUGUUUUAGUGCCUCUUACUUGAUAAAAAAAAGGAUAAGGAUAUACAAUCGAACAGUUCCAUUUCAUUCAGACGAGUGUCCCAUAUGAUAGCUAAAUAGUUACAUAAACAACUGAAAAGUGAUCAAUAAACUAAACUAGUUUGAAGAGUUGGUAGAUAGAAAAGUUUGAAUUAUAAUUCUAUAUUGAAAGUUGAAGCCAAAAAUUAAUAUUUGUUUUGCCUAAUAAACAAUAGAUUCAGCAACAAAUGCAUUUCUUUCAAAGGACUAAUCCGGAAUCGGAUCAAAAAUACAUAAUGGUAAGACGGCCUCAACUUUCACAAUUACCAGAUUGAUUGCUUAAAUUAAAAACUUUCAACCACAAUCGCCGAUAUUCGUGCUAUUCGAAUUCGAAUAGGAAAUUUACUACAAAAAUAAACCACAUUUUGUUCAGAAAUGACUUUCCGAUGUGUGCCAUCAUACGAUGCAAGUUCUCAAUGGGAGCGACUAACUAGUCACAGCGGAAUCGGUCUGUCUAGCGGCAAUCCGGCUUACACAUCCCACACUGGACAUGGCAACAGAGGCGGUCCCACUGGACACACAGGCCAUGGCGGAUCGCACGGACCGACACCGUCGAUGCAUCAUCAGUCGUUGCAGUCUGAUUUUCAACCACCAUAUUUUCCUCCACCGUUCCACCAUUCCGCUCAAAGCCCUCCGCAACAACAAAAUCACGGACCCUUGGAAUACUUAAGUAGCGAUCCGUACGGACAACCGUUAUCCUCACUGCAUCAUGCACCGUUGCAUCAUUACAAUCAAUUGGCAGGAUUGAGGCCGUCACAAGACCAAUUAGGUAUACAUCGAACGCAUCGGGAAGCUGAACUACAGGGGCAUGUUACCCAACUAUCACAUGGAUUCCCAUACUCAGACAGACGAAGUGAUUAUGGCGGAACGAUCGGUGUCGGAAGCGGCGGUCCUGGCAAUAGAUUACAUGAACAUGAUCCACUUGCACUACAUCAAGCGCUGCAGAGUUCUGUCGAUGAUGGACAAAAUACGGGAAUGGAUGAGAAUGCGAGUUUUAUGUCCGACUUACCUCUAUUGAAAACAAUGAAAAGUGGCAAAGAUCCGGGUAAUCUUGGAAUAGGAUCACCCAGUGACGUAUUUUGUUCCGUUCCCGGUCGUCUUAGCCUAUUAUCAAGUACAUCCAAGUAUAAGGUCACUGUAGCAGAAGUACAACGACGAUUAUCACCACCAGAAUGUUUGAAUGCGUCUCUUUUGGGCGGUGUUUUACGAAGAGCGAAAAGCAAGAAUGGUGGCCGUUUGUUGAGAGAAAAGUUGGAGAAAAUUGGUUUAAAUCUUCCAGCUGGAAGACGUAAAGCGGCAAAUGUGACUCUAUUAACGUCCUUAGUGGAAGGUGAAGCAAUUCACUUAGCCAGAGAUUUCGGAUAUAUUUGUGAAACGGAAUUUCCAUCACGACAAGUAGCUGAGUACUUGUUGCGACAACACACCGAACCCCAAGAAUCGUAUAGAAGGAAAGAACUACUAUUAAAUACUAAACAGGUAACGAAAGAACUGAUGGAUCUACUCAAUCAAGACCGAACGCCUUUAUGCAAUACGAGGCCUCCACAAAUAUUGGAUCCAUCAAUGCAACGACAUUUAACCCAUUUCUCAUUAAUUUCGCACGGCUUUGGAUCGCCAGCUAUAGUAGCGGCUUUAACGGCAAUUCAGAAUUUUCUAAAUGAAUCACUCAAGUAUUUGGACAAAAUGUACCCGACCAAUGGCGGAAUGGUUUCAUCUUCCAUCGACAAAACUAAAAUGGACAACGACAAAAAGUGAUAAUUACUGAAGUGGUCAACUUUCAAUAGAAAAUAUUGAAGUUUGAAUUUUCUGCUUAAAACAAAAAGGAUUUUUAAAAGAAAAAUAAUUUCAAAACGAAUACAAAAUUGUUAUGUGAUGAUGCAGAGUCAAUACAUUUCCGUGUUAGUUUUCCGUCAACAAUUAUCUAAAUAAACAAUUCAUUUUACUUCAUCGUGCCAAUCAAUUUUCCGAACUGGUGAUGACAACAAAACGAAUUGUAUUCGAACUCUGUAGAAAUUAUAAAAUAUUUUGUGAUAAUAAAUAGUAUUGUUUGUAGUAAUUUAUUGAAUAAUAUUUAGAAUUUGAAUUCAAACAGAAAUAACGUAAAAUACUCGUAAAAACAAAGUGAAGUGGCAAAAAACGUUGAAAAUGGCAAAUUAUUUUCUUGAUUGCUUGUGAAGGGGAACCAAACGGAUUGGGAAGCGGUAAUUUUUUAGAAAAUUAAAUUUUGGUGGGUUUCGUCUCUUUCUUUCGUUAGUUGUUCCACAUGUAUUCCACCACUCAGAAAUAGCGCUUGUCUUUACGUUUCUUCAAUUCCACACACACGAGUGAGUAAAAUGACUCUCUUUACGAUUCUUUUCGAACAAUCGAACUCUGAUUUAACUUUCACUGACGGCUUUUUCAUCUGUUAACGAUACUGACGAUAAGCCAUGUGCUAUGGCUAGUGCCCUCUUAUAUACUUAUAGUAGAAUUUGUGUCAAAACUAACGAAGUAAAAGAUUUGGUUUUGUUGAAAAUUCGUUAAUUUAAAGAAGUAGUAGAUUCAAUAUCAGUGAUAAAUGCUUGCCGUCUGUGAAAGAUUGACAUAAUCAAAUUUUAGUUUUUUUAUGUACAAAUAGCAAGAAUGUCUAUGUACAUAGUCUGUUUUACAUUUGAACUGAUUUGACAUGAUGGAAUAAUGUUACAACUCAAAUUGAAGUCCUGCAAAAUUCACUGGAAGAUGAUAUGCUCUAGCAAGUCUGAGAUUUUUAUUGCAUUUUUUAGGCUACCAGGUCGAGUUUUAGGUCAGAUUCGUCCUGAUUACCAAAUUUGGGUUCAGAUCUGCUUCAGAUCCGACUAAGAAACGAUUUUUAACAGAUUUGACUACCUAGAUUCACUAAAUCUCGCAGAUAUUUGAUUUUCAAACGCAGAUUGCACAAAAUUCCUAAAUUUUAUUUGCUUUUUAUUAAAAGAAUUAAUAAGGACCUUUCCGUCUCUGCCGGUAUUCCGUUCAUUCAUAAAUUACGUAAUACUUUUUCAGUGCUGUCAUCAAAUUUAAUUUUGAUGCCAGCACUGAUAAACCGUUAAGUAAUUAAUUAAUGUGGGUCGUUCCAUAGUGAAACAAAUUAAAUUGAGCUUUCAGUUAGAAAGAGGAGAGCGUUCUAUGAGACAGUUUAUAGGAAUAUGUUUUAAAUAGGACAUAAUGGACCUGAGUGAAACAAUUAAUUCUGUAUAAGUCCUCACUGACAGGUCAGCUUCCGAACCUUCUAGUUUUUAGAAAAGAAAUGUCCACUCACAUUUUCCAAUCACAACAUUUUCCUUUACAAUAUUUCGUUCACUCAAAUAUUUAAAGAUAACAAAUAAGAUUAAUCCACAAAUUCUUGCCAAUUCAUUGUAUUCGUAAAAUUUAAAGAAAAACGAUAAAAAAAUUAAAAAUAUUUUCAAAAGAUAAAAUUAUGUACAAAUUCGAUUGUGCCAAAAUUGGAGAUGGUACAAGAAAAAUGUUAUUAUUGCCAUAAAGAAAUAAUUAAUUGUAAUUUAAAUGUAAAAAAAUAGAUUAUUUUUAAGACUUCCAGCUCCUUCUAUAAAAUUUAAACAAAACAAAAAACGAUAAAGAAAGCAAAAAAAAGAACAAUUCUCAUAUCCUCUACAUGUGCCAAAUAGUAUGAAAUGAUGUGUUUUUUUAUACAAAACAUAUUUAUUCGAAACAACAUACUUUUAGAAGAGUAAUACAAAAGAAAGAGAGUAAAAAAACGUAAUAAUUUUAGUUCCCAUUAAUCAUUUUAUGACGAUCAUUUACAAAAUCUUAUUUGUCGUUUCAUUAACAAAGAAAUUUCUGUCAUCAUUAGUAUAAUUACAUAGAAACAGAAAGCAUUCCAAAGGUAGACUUCUUUUUUUAUAUUUAUUUUGUUUUUUAUAUUUCAAAUCAAUAACAACCAAAUCAACUGACCAAUCACCUUAACAAAACGAUUAUAAAAGAGCUAAAUGGAUCUUUCGCAAUGAACAUACACUUUAUGUAUAUUUAAAUGGAAUAAUAUCGAGAGGCUCAUAAUACUUAAAUAAACAUUUAACUUUAUAUUCGGUUACAAAAAUCUUCAUAUAUUUUGUUAAGUUAAAAUUUAGUCGCAAAAAAAGCAACAACAACAACAAACUAUAAAUAAUAAAUUUUAUGCCAUUAUCUACUCUCAUCACUCAACCAAUUUCUUACUACUUUGCCAUUUAAAA